AUGUCUCAGCUGCUAGAACCUUUACUUUCGGCAGUAUUCCUAUUCUUUGCGACAUUAGGAACGGGGCUUAUCCCGGUGAUGUACAUGAGUAAGCUAGCUGAGAAGGGAGACUCUGGCAUGGGGUACUUGAAGUAUGUGUCUGAUUUCGGUAUUGGUAUGUUGUUAGGUACUUCUUGUUUACUAGUGAUACCGGAAGGUGUCGAGAAAUUCGGUGAUAAGGGUGGCCGUGGGUUUGGGAUCAGUUUGUUAUUGGGAUUCAUGAUUCUAUAUGGACUAGAUAGGUUCUUACAUGCACUGCAAGCUGGUCACAUCUUAAGUGGUUCGUUUGAUGCUUCUGCUGCGCCUGAUCCUCUUGAGAGGAAUAUCGAUUUGAUCAAUCCAAGGAAGACGGUGCCAUUUAUCUUAACGAACAAUAUCGUAUUCGCGUUGGUAAUCCAUGCAUUCUCUGAUGGACUGGCGUUGGGGAUUGCCGAAUCCUACGAUUCGUUGAAAUUCGUGAUGUUGAUCGCCAUUAUUAUACAUAAAAUUCCUGCGACGCUUUCCUUGACGGGGAUUAUGAUUUCGAAACAGAGAUUACCCAAACUACAAGUAAUCUCUAAUCUUAUUGCAUUCAGUAUAUCCACACCGUUCGGGUUGCUAUUCGUGAUCCUGAUGAGAUUCGUCAGCAAGGACCUAAUCGAGAAAAUGAGCGAUGGGCUAUUGGUUCUGAGCGGUAGUAGUUUAUUGUAUGCUUCAUUGCUUGCGUUGAUCUCACCAAGUAAGGACCAGGAACAACAGUUACAGAAUGAUGGCCCGAUCCCAGUGUCGGGUUCUGUUUUAGAGAUGGGCGAAGGUGUUACCACUGAAGAGAAAAUAGAACAAGAAUCACUUCCAGAUGUCAGAUUGUUACUCUUGGGUAUCUUUAUCCCGUUAAUGAUCUCUUUCUUCGCUCCUCAUGAUAGCUAA